AUGGCGCAAACAAGGGUUAUGAUGAUUGCCGUGUUGUUCAUGUUUGGCCUUGCAUCAUUGUGUCCCCAUGCCUCCGUCCAGUCAAGCAAGACAGACUUGGAAGCGCUGUUUAAUUUUAAAGCAAGCAUCACCAACUUCUCCCUGACUGCAACCUCGGCGUCCUCUCCAUGCUCGUCGGUAGGAAUCACUUCCAGCAGUCACAGCUCUGUUGGAGAGGACCAACAUGGAGCUUCGGCAGCAGCAUUGCGAGCUUCAGCACAUAUACGGGUGAGAGCGCUUUCAACUGGCGGAUCUCAGUGUGUUCUCGAUGCAGGGCAACAAUCUGUCCGGACCCAUACCUCCAGUUGCAAUUGCGUCCGCCUCACGACUCUUAACCUGGGCAACAAUACUCUCUCGGGAAACAUUCCUUCGCAGAGUGGGAAACUUGUGAACCUCGACCGCUUCGUUCUCUCCUACAAUCAGCUCACUGGACCAAUUCCCGCUGGGAGUGCAGCCGAUUUUUGCGACCCGACCUUGCUCGAGUCCAGCUUUUUGGACCUCUCCAACAACCGCUUGAAUGGGAGCAUCCCGACCACUAUCGGAGAGUGCGUGUUGUUGGUGGAGCUCUGA